GACGAAACGCGUAAACAGAGAGUCAACAUGUAAACAGGCCACUCCGCGAGACAAACAACGUGGGGGCCGCGGGCUGUUCACCGAGCGAGGCUUUGCUUUUGCUCGGGUUUUGCGUACACGUUCGUUCGUCCGUUGUGUGUCGGAUUUAUAGAGAUCUCGAGCAGUCGCGUCGGUUUAUACAAUAAAAAAAAAAAAAAAAAAAAAAACUACCGGCUUCUUUCCAAUCUUCAAAAUUCCUAUAACCUUGAAAAGUUUCUUUUCCUUUCUUAAUUGAAACAUUUUUAGGUUCUUAACCCUGUGUGUUUUUUUUUUUUUUUUUUUUUUUUUUUUUUAAAAAAGAAAAUGGGUAGUUGAAGUGAGGAAGUUGGUUGGUGUUUAGGUUAGUAUUACGAAAAGUGUAGUUUCGUGUGUGUUAAGUGGAAAAUUGGUGUUUAUUUUUGGAGGGAAAAAAAAAUAGUGCAUAUUUUAAUAGUUUAAUGAGGAGGAUAUGUGUUGUUCCACGUGGAUUGAAUAUUGUGUGUGUGUGUGAGUGUGUAUGUGUUUGCAUCGCUCGAGGUGUCAAGGUUGACGCAUAGUUCUUUAUGAGCCUGGGUAAUAUUGUUGAUGAGACGACAAGAAGAUCAUUACAUAGCUCGCUACUACCAACAGGUGUACGGACGCUGAAUUACGUCACCUUAAGAAUCAUCGAAUACAAGCGUCAGUCAUGAAUUAUUCAUCAAUUUCUCAAGUUCAAUAAAAAAAAAAAGAAAAAAAAAUGGCAUGUUGAUGGACACAUUGGCGAAAACCCGUUCGAUAACGGAUCUUGGGGGAAGGACUUCCCAGCAGUGCCCUGGCAGCUGACUCCUCGCGGCCUCGGCCGACCAAGUGACGAUGGCAUAAUGGAUCAUGACACAGACGGAGACGGCGCGAUCAACCUGUCAACGUCGCAGCGACCCUCCGCCUCAACCACCCCUAAUGGUGAAACCCCGACCUACGGACAAGAACAACAAGACAACGAUCAGGCAAAUUCACUAUUCGCGGCAUUAAAACAACAACAGUCUAGAGAAGCAGCAAGGGAAAGUCGUGAAAGAGAAAGACCACCUCGGAGUAGAGAAAGAGGACCAAGUGGACCCGAAAGUGAUCAGCAAGACCUCACAAUCGAAUAUCAAAGCAAUGGAAAGCUCAGUCCUGCUGGGCACACAAUAACAACAGCACCCAUGACCCAACAAAAGCAACCGAUCAUCACACAGCAACCACAACAACCAAGUUCAGUAGGACCAGGUUCACAACCAAGUCCACAUCAGAGUCCUCAAGCCCCGCAGAGGGGUUCACCACCGAACCCCACACAGGGUCUACCGCCAGGAGGCCCGCCGGGGGGACCACCACCCUCGCAAACACCUUCGCAGAUGAUGUUAAAUCCUGCGAGUGGUCUGCAUCAAAUGCAACAACUUCUUCAACAACACAUUUUUAGUCCCACACAAUUACAAUCAUUUAUGCAGCAACACACGCUUUAUCUUCAACAACAGCAAAAUCAUCAGGACUCCCCAUCCGAGCAUGUAUCAAAUCAAGAACGUUUUGGUUACUUUUCAUCUUUAAAAAGCCAUCAACAUCAACUAGAAUUAGGUCGAAAACAUUUGGAACAAACAAUGCAACAAUUGCAAGAGCAAUUACAAUUAAAUCUCAUUCAACAAACGCAUUUACUGCAAACGGCAGACAAGAAAAAAUCAUCUGGACCCCUUCAACAACUUGCACUGCAACAACAACAACUUAUACAACAACUUCAGAUGACGCAGAGGCAAUAUCUUCUUCUUCAAGGUCACAAUCAUUCUUCGGGCUUGCAACAAACUGAGGGAAUGCUUACGUGGAAGACCGAAUCCCAAGAUGGAACUGAAUCACAUCAAAAUAAUGCAGUCUCGAAAUCUAAUUCCGGGCUGAAUGGACUUCUACAUUCGACACUAUCGAGUCGGCGUUCAGAAGUUAAUGGAACAACUCCGUUAGAUGAAAAACCACUAGACAUCUCCUGUAACGACAAAGCCCACCCACUCUAUGGCCAUGGGGUUUGUAAGUGGCCUGGCUGUGAAGCAAUUUGUGAAGACUAUCAAGCAUUCCUUAAGCACUUAAAUACAGAACACACGUUGGACGACAGGUCGACAGCUCAAGCAAGAGUUCAAAUGCAAGUGGUUUCACAGCUGGAAAUUCAGCUACAAAAGGAACGCGAUCGGUUAACCGCCAUGAUGCAUCAUCUGCACGUGGCAAAACAAAUGGCUUCGCCGGAACCACCAAAGUCAUCUGAGUCGUCGACGAGUUCGAGUUUACCAAAGUUAAGUUUAUCGUCCGCCCUAAUGAGUCAACCACCGCCAAAUUUUGGAGUAUCGCAAGUGUCUCCAGUUUCCAUGUCCGCAUUGGUGUCAGCAGUGAGGUCACCUGGAGGACAAUUACCACCUUCGGCCGGUGGUACACCAUUGCCACCAAUUCCUAAUAUGUCGACUAUGACCGGAAUGCCACCAAUGCCCAAUAUGCCCGGUAGUAUGACUAGUAUGGCUGGACCCAUAAGAAGAAGGAUCAGCGACAAGUCUGCUCUUUCACUAACAGGAGGACUGUUUGAGGAGGGCACUGUAAGGCGCAGAGUAUCCGUCGAUAGAUCUGGAUUAGAUAUUAACGAAGAAAUUCAACGUAAUAGGGAAUUUUACAAAAAUGCCGAUAUAAGACCACCAUUCACGUACGCUUCUUUAAUUCGACAGUCGAUAAUCGAAUCCCCGGAAAAGCAGCUGACAUUGAACGAAAUUUACAACUGGUUUCAAAAUACGUUCUGCUAUUUCCGACGCAACGCAGCUACAUGGAAGAACGCGAUCCGCACCAAUCUAUCAUUGCACAAGUGUUUUGUGCGCUAUGAGGACGACUUCGGGUCAUUCUGGAUGGUGGACGACGCCGAGUUCGUAAAGCGGCGGCAUCUGUCCCGCGGCCGUCCCAGGAAAUAUGACCCAACCCCAUCACCCACUCCACCCCACCUCUCCGCACAGGGUGUGCCAUCUAAAAGUCCAACGUUAACUCACAGUCCAACCAUGUAUGGCGAUGCGCUAAAUGCAAACCUACAGUAUUUCCAGGCUGCCCUGGGGGAGUCUAAUAUGGGCUUUCUGAACAACUCAAUGUGUACAUCAAUAACAACAAGCCCUGAUAAGGAGCACGUGAUGCCCCACAGUGAUUUAAUGUCACCGCUGGAUGAACCAGCUGUGCAUAUAAAACAAGAAGGUCAAUGUCCCGAGGGUGGAAAACUGUCGAGAUUGAUAAAACGUGAACUUGAAGCGCCAACGGAUCAUGAACAUGAACAGGAUCAUGAUCACGAGGAGGACCCAGUGGACGGAAGGGAAUAUCCCGAGAGUCAUGACCACGAUUCCGGACAAGACGAAGACAUGGCCGAAGAUUUGUCAAUGGCUCCUGACAUAAUGACAUCUGACGAUCAAAUUGAAGCGUAGUAUAUACGCUCAAAAAACUAGAUAAUUUUCUUUCGACACUUUGUCAAAAAAAAAGAUCCCUAUUCUUUUUCAAAAAAAAAGAAAUCCCAAGCACAAAAAAGGGGGAUUCCUUUUUCAAAAAAUAACUCAUCAUAUCCAAAAAAAAAAAAAAAUGCCGCGCUCUCAGCGCACGAAACAAUUAUAAAUUAACAAGAAAAAAAGAAGAUGAAGAAGAAGAAGAAGAAGAAGACUUUGUCAACCCUUUAAGACGAUAAUUAUUAUAAGAAAGUAAUGUCAAGGGAAUUGGCUCUCGACAUGAUCCAUAUCUUUAUUCAAGCAAUUACGAAACAACGAUGCAUAUUACAAGUACGCCUCGGUCGCAAUGUAUAAUAUUCUGUAGUGUAGCCUCGUUAUCGACAGUGUUUUGCUUUUCACCCGUAACCAAUUCUCAAAAUCAAUUUGGAAUUGUAAUACGUUUUAUUAAUAUUUACGGUGUGUUUGUGCAGCGAAGUCAAAAAAAAAAAAAAAAAAAGCGAAUAAUCUUAUCCGACGCACUUGUCUUUAUUCGUGUUUUUAAAAAAGGGACUAAAAAAAUUGAUUUUCAUUCGUGUGAAAAAUCAAAAUUUGUCAAAUAAGCCCCCACCACCCCCCAUCAUGGGUAUUUGUAAAUAUAAAGAAAAGCUGCAAAAAAAAGGCAAUCGCCGUAGAAAAAAAAAAAAAUAGAAAUCUGACAUUUUGAUUCAUCUUUUCGAAUGAUUAACAAAUUUUUUUCUUUCCCCCAAAAAAAAUUCUCUCGGCUGUUUUAAUCUGUGUACAAUGUUACACAACGUUUGUAGAUAAAUAUAUAAAAAAAUAAAAAAAUUAUUUAGUCGCGUAGUUUCGACCGAAGUCAAUCCUGUUGGCGUAUUCUAGAAAACCAAUUGUAUGAAUGAUGUGUUGAUGGGUACGUCAGGGAGUAAAAUGACUGAUCAAGGUAGAAUAUAAGAGAGGCUGAUUUAAAAUUUUUUUCUUUUUUUUUCAACGCCUCGAAAAGAAAAAUAUCGUGAUCUCACGAUUGUCAAUUUAAUUUUGACAUAAUAGAGAAUUGCUAUGCGACAUUAAUUAGGUGUAAUAAAAACAGAAAAAAAGACAAAUAUGCGUCGAAAAAAAAAACGGUUUAGCCCGACGUACCCGUCCGCAGCUGUAUAGAGUUCAUAAGUAGUUUCAUAUUACCGAGUAUCGAUUUAGAAUUUGUAAAUGAAAUAAUUGUCGCAGUUAAUUAAUAAUAAUAAUAAUAUUAAUAAUAAUAAUAAUAAUAAAAAUAAUAAUAAACGAGACAAGACACGAGGAACGCCAUAGCAUGCAUUUUUAGCAAAAAAAGUUAUUAUAAUAACUUGAGUAUCAAAGACAAAAAAAAAAGAGCAAUCGAAACCAUUCAUAAGCGGUGGAUAUAAACAGUAUAAAUAAACACUAAACUACUAUGUAUGCAUAUACAUAAUAUAUACGUAUACGUAUUGGGAUAUAAAAAUUUAGCCGUCGACCCCCGUCCACUCCAAAUACUCUUUUCUCUUCUCGUAUAAGUGUAUACUUUCAGAUCUUUCGCAUGCUCGUUAAAAGAAAAAAGAAAAAAAAAGGAAACGAGUACAAGAGAUUUGAUUGUAAAAUUCCCGAUAUUCCGUUACGAAAAAAAAAAAAAAUUUUAACCAGAUUUUAAAUUUUACCAAAAAAACAACUCCUGAGAUUAUUCACAAUUUUAUAUAUAUAUAUAUAUAUCUUAAUUGCUUUAUAUAAUAUAUAUUAUAUUAUUAGAAAUUUUUUCUUUAUUCAUCUAUUAUAACUCGUUAAUUGUUUUCUGUGAUUCAUAAAAAAAAAAACAAUGUAUGUGCGUUACAUUAAAAGGAUCAAUAAAAAAUUAAAAAGUUAAAGAAAAAAUUUGAUUCCAUAAAAAGUAAAAAAAAAAAAAUUCCUUAAACUAAAAAAUGUUCAUUUCUAAAAUUAAAAAAUAGUCUUUUCUGGUUUUCAAAAAUACAUUCGGGGUUUAUUAAAAAAAAAAUCACAAAAUUUAUUUCCCAAAAAUUUGACAAUCAUCUCAUUUCUGAUACGAAUUUAAAAAAAAAUAAAUAAAUUUCUGAAAAAAAAUUAUCAAAAUGCAAUUUAUCUCGCAGUUCAAACAAAUACCUGAGAAAAAAAAAUAUAGAAACAAAUUUUAAGAUAGUUUUAAAUUAAUAAAUAUAAUAAUUGUCAACUUAUUUAAUUCGGUAAAAACAAAAACAAAAAAAAAACGAUAAUAUUCGUUAAAUAUUUUAUGAAAUGAAAUUUAUUGACUUUCGUAUAUGUAUAUUAUAAAUAUUAAUAAUCAAAGUCAAAAUAUAUUUUUAUAAAGUUUCAUUAACAUCAAUUAUUGUGUACAAUUAAUUGAUUUUUACUUUUGUACAUUUUUAACUCGUUAUGAUAUGUCUAAAUCAUUAUUAUUAUAAUAAAUUUUUCCUUUAAUGUUGAGUCUAAGAUAAAUCUCCUUUUUUUUAUAUAGAAAAAUAUUAUGUGUAUAUGGUUUUUGAGAACCCGUCAUUUAGGAAAAUUGGGAGUUUUACAAGUUGUUCCACAAAACAAAAAAAAACAAAAAC